GUGCAAUGCUUUUAUUCUCACAUAACGGCUAUUUCCUUGCCUUACCUCCCAGUUGGCAGCCAUUACAGUCUCAAAGCUGGUAAAGUGAGGCCGACUUGGUUUUCUCCAAAAGUGGGAAUGGGAUACGAAAAGAUAGAUCAAAACUACGGAAUGUACCUCCUGAAGACACGACAAUUUUUCAUACACAAGUUUCCGCCGUGACAAGGUCACUGAGAAGGUAUCCGGGAUUCGUUAGAUGACGUCAUACGGAACACCGCGAACCAUGUUAUAAGGUGACCCUUGAUGAAGUGUGUAUCAAGCGGACUAGCUUUCACUGUUCCCCCGAAGCGAGUCUGACCGAAACUAAAGGCACAGCCGAAUAACACAGCCAGAUCACUGUAAACAGAGCGAGAGGCGAGUCGGCGCUGAUUGGUCGACGCGGAGUCACGUGACAGUGUUGAGUCGUAACAUGCAGUGAUAAGUUGGGGCUUAACUAUGUCUGCUGCCCCUCAGAAUGAAAUAAAGUUUGGAAUUCGAAAGAUGCAGAAAGGCUAUUGUGAACAAAUGCCGUCUUACCAAGGUUUCUACCCAUCCGAAAGCGGAUAUAAGUAUGACAAUUCGUUCAACUACAACUCGGGCUGUCCUGAGUCGACUGGCUACUACAGCUCUACUAGUUGUGCAGUGCAAAACCCUGCGAGUCAGGCUAACGGGGACACAUGUAUGCAAGAUUACAACGAUUCACAGUAUAAUAAUUCCUGUAUGCAAAACUCGUCCCUUCCUUGUGGACCAGGGGUGAACAAUCUUCACCCGAAUGCGUCUAUCAAACAGGAGAUAUAUCCAUGGAUGAAGGAAUCAAGACAGAACUCCAAACAGCGACAAAGCGUUGCAGAGCCUACGAAGCGAGCCCGGACAGCCUAUACUAGCGCUCAACUUGUCGAAUUGGAAAAAGAGUUUCAUUUCAAUCGGUAUCUCUGUCGGCCGCGGAGGAUAGAAAUGGCGGCGUUAUUGAAUCUGACGGAGCGACAGAUAAAAAUAUGGUUCCAGAACCGACGCAUGAAGCACAAGAAGGAGUCGAGAGGAAAAGGCUCGGACAAAAUGGCUUCCAAAUCCGAAGGGAGUUUUUCAGGGAGUGAUUCGGAGAACCAUGACUUGUCAGGGGACGGGAUGAAACCCCCCACCCCUACCGGUUCUCAUCGUCUCAUCCCCACCCCUGACCACCAACCCCCCUGUGACCAAACCCUCGGUAUGCACCCUCAGCAAAGACCGGGGAGUCAAGGCAGCAUGGCCAACCCCCCUCAGGUUAGCCCCUUGCCCCAGAGAGACAGCCCAUCCUUAAGUAUGAAACAUUCAGGCGGGCAGUCAAAUCUCAGUCCCUACCCACAGAACACUCAAGUGCCGUACCCCCCGAACGGACAAUACAUGCAGCAUUCUAUGCCCCCAACGAACAGGGCUUACCAUGGAAACGGGAUGAUGAUGACGGGUGGUAUGUACCCCGAUGUACAACACAUGGACAAUGCUAACCAGGGACACUGUAUGACGUCAUCACUUCCCAUGAUGACGUCCCAGAUGAGUUGCUCAAUUGCUUCGAAUGGGUACAAUCAGGGGUCGUAUGAUUAUAUCCCCAAACUGACUCACUUGUAGACGGAAGUUUAAUUUAUUGCCAUCUAUUUUUGAAUGAUUGAAAUAACUUGUUUUAUGUGUGUAUGUUGCAUGCUUUUAGACAAUAGAGAUUAGCGAAAUCCAGUUAUUGACAAGGACGAUCCUGAAAUAUAUUCGUUUUGAAACCAAUCCCGUGGCCAAAUUCAGACUAUUAUUUAUCCAGAGGUAACCUGAAUAUAUGCAUCAUAUAUAUAUAUCUUUGUUGAUCGUAGUCACCUAGUGUAGAUACAGUAGUCAUGUCUAUAGUUUGAUUGUUCUGAAAUGGACAUGACAGUCUAAACAAGCUCCAUGACAACGUGUUGUAGUUUUCAUGCCAUAAUACUCAGUCGCGUUUCUGCUCAACGAUAAUAACAGCCACGAUAGGGCUGUAUAUUCAGAGUGAGUGAGUGAGUGAGUCUGGUUUAACGCCGCUUUAAACAGUAUUUCAGUUAUACUGUGGCGUGUGAGGUCUUACAUGUUUACCAUUUUGGUGGAACCAUGAGCACGAUGGUGCUGACAAAUAUGGAAACAUAAUCAGGGCGAAUCUGGUAUUCGAACCCACGAUCACAGGUUACUGGCGUGCCAAAGGGAGGCAACUCUGCGUCUUAGUCCUAUGGGCCACCAAAACCAAUGUUGAGAGAUAUCCCUCUACAGCGAAUAUCAUAGUACAUUUGCAACACAUAUCACAAAGUAAGAGCGACAAAAUACUUUCCAUAAACCACGUUUUUACACAAUUUACGUUAUUAUGAUUAACAUUGAUACCCUGAUCUACGUCAGUUUCAAAUCGUUUAAACAUAUAACUUGGUUCUCCAACCGGUGUUGCAUUUGUUACCUAUUUUUUAAUGAAAUGCAAAUAUAUUCCGAUAAAGCGUCCAGAUGAUAUCAUAAUUUAUUUUAAGGAAAACUUAAACAAACGUAUUUUUUGUAACGUUUUGAGGGAGACAGUCUGACGCUUCAUGUCGCUUCGCAAGCUCAGAAAAGGUAACAAGACUUUGAUGGUCUGGGUAUUGUCAAUUCUUUUGUCAGCAUCGCGUUUGAAAUUGCUUCUAAGUCUUAGCGUGGUUGUCUAAUGUAGGUAUGUAGGUAAUAUAAGCGCCGGCGGCCCAUUUACACCUGUGCGAAUUGACCCCACAGAUGAGCUCAGGCGUGGUACUAAUCGCCCUCUUUGAUCUGCUGGGAAAAUGAAGUACAAUGAAAUCGGGGUCUAAUCCUGUAAUAUCGCUCUUAUAAACGAAUUAGCUUUGUGACCUUUUGUCGUCUAUUUGAUUGUUUUGAACGAAGUAAGACCGGCAGGAUGAUAGGGGCUUUUGAGCAGAGGACUAAUUCAGGCGACCAGUCGCCCAUAUCUUUAUUGAAAGCACGCGCGACAUUUGGGACCGUUGUUGGACGAGAACAGACAAUUGGGUGAAAUUGGUCGGGGAAUUUCGAACUCAGGAGUCCAUUCAUCGAUGACGCAAUCAAACGCCACCCGACAUAUUGGACAAACAGGCGGGUGGAAUGAACAUGCGCAUUACAGCUGCUUUCUGUCCAGCGGAUAAUGAAAAGCCAAACUUUGAUCACUCGGGCGAAAAAAACCGAAACGUGAUUCAAUUAAAGGUAUACCCCGUUAUAGAAAAUUUCAAAGGCUAAAUCCUUUUGUUAAAAACCCCCAAGAUCCUUUCCUCUUAAUUUGACAAUUAUUGAAACUCGAAAUUCGAUACACUCGCUCCGUGAUCUGGAGCGUUUAUUACCUAUUAAGUCUAACGGGAUCCUGUAGUGAAUAGAGGGUACACUGUGAUCGUUCUUCGCAGGGGGGCAAACAAGUGCUUACUGACGUAAUAAGUGUGAUCUAAAUGAACCAGGGAAAAUUGACUAAAUAAGGUCAUGCAGGUUUAUUCACAGACCAAGCCCUGUUACAGCAUAGGAAUCAUCAGGCGAAUAUGUCACGUGUGGUCCUAUUUGUGUCAUGUCUGGCAACCGGUAAUAAUUACCACAUUUAUCAUGGAUAAUUUGAAAUCCAUUAACGUUUAUCCCCAUGACAAACAUGUCAAUGCUCAUGUAACUAUUUCAUGACAGAAUAUUUCUAUUCGGGCUCGUGGCAAACGGAAUUUCGAUAUCCACAUUUUCUUUCAACAAUGUUCAUUUUCAUUUGAUGUUUUAAUUAAGGAACAUCCUCAAUGAAUUUGUUGGUAAAGUGUUUACAUAAAUGUAUAACUAACAUGGUAAUUACAAAUAUGAAAUCACUACCCGUGAACCAUCAUUAUACCACGUGUUAAUUUUUAAUAAUUUACUAACGUGCUUUUCGUUAAUUUCGUCACCCCAACAAAACCCAUUUCUGUGUUAUAUUCCCGUAUUCAUGUAUUUGGGAUUCUAAGUCCUUAAAGGCAACAGGAGCAAAUAGCGUCGGGAAAUCAGGGUACUCUAUAGAUUAGAAGCCAUCGCUGUUAUAUUGAGUUUGUUUCAUUUGAUAGAUACAUCUUGUGCCUAUACCCCACCCCCACCCUCCACAAUUAGUGUAGUGUGUCAAAUGUUUGCAUGGUAAAAGUAGCGGCAUCGAACUAUUAGAUUGAUUUUUUGUGUUUCAAUUAUUUGUAUACGAAAUAUGGAAAGAAAUUGUGAUAUUUUUGAGUUUUUAAGUAAAAAUAUGAUCAAUGAUA